CUUAAGCGCCACUGCUGUUUAUACAUCACUACUUAAUGAACACAUGCUAAACGACGUCGGUAUGAAAUGUGUUGAGAAAGCAUUUCUAACAACUUUCCUUUUAGCUAGACGGUCUUGAACGCACCCCUGGAUCACCUGCACCCAGCAGCAGUUCAGUGCAAAUGGGCGGCGUUUGACACUGAAUAGGGAAGACACAGAGCUACCAGCCGAGACAUAUUCUCCGACUGCACCAUGGCUACAUUAAUGUUUUUCUGUACAUAUCUAUCGUGGCCGCUGGCUUUAGAGUUGUAAGGCUCGCCUGUCUGUGGUGACUCGGCCUGCCGUCCGGAGUGCUGUCCGCAGCGUCUAGAUGCCUUGGCCGAGAUGAGUGUGAAGGCCUUUGAGCUAGUCCCCGCUGUGGAGCGAGACCUCCUUAUGGGUGACAAGGCUCGCAUAAACAUCGAGUGCAUAGAAUGCUGUGGGAAACACUUGUACGUCGGCACGAACGACUGCUUCAUCCACCACUUCUUGCUGGACGAGGUCACUUCCUCCAAAGGGAAACUGAGUUACUCGUCCCAGAAGCUGCUGCACAAAUACCUGGGCCUCAAGAAACCAGUCGCCGAGCUGCGAGCCGCCUCCGCUUUGGAGCGUCUGAUAGUGCUCUGCGAUGGAAUAGUGUUUCUUGUUGACAUGGUGACGCUGGAGACCGUUCCCUCGGCGGCAGGAGGUGGAGCCAAGAUCAGAGGUGUGGCGGCCUUCUGCAUUAACGAGAACCCGGUGAACGGUGACCCGUUCUGCGUGGAAAUAGGCGUGCUCUCCUCCAAGCGGCGGACAGUGCAGAUUUACAUGGUGUAUGAGGACAGAGUGCAGCUGGUCAAAGAGGUGACCACGCCUGAGCAACCCUGCGCCGUCAGUCUUGACGGUUACUUCUUGUGCCUGGCCCUCGCUACACAGUACAUGAUCCUGAACUACCACACGGGAGCCUCCCAAGACCUCUUCCCUUACAACAGCGAGGAGAGGAGACCCAUCGUGAAGAGGAUCGCCAGGGAGGAGUUCCUUUUGGCGGCACCUGGUGGUCUUGGAAUGUUUGCCAAUGCAGAAGGGGUAUCCCAGCGGGCUCCAGUCAACUGGUCAGAGAGCGUGAUUGGUGCCGCUGUGUGCUUCCCUUAUGUGGUGGCUUUGGAUGAGAGCUUCAUCACCAUCCACAGCAUGCUGGAUCAACAGCUGAAACAGACUCUGUCAUUCAGGGAUGGACACAUUCUGCAAGUCUUUGAAGGGAAGGUCAUUCUGGCUUCCACUAAAGCUGUGUAUGUUCUGGUACCCUUGCCGCUGGAGAGACAGAUCCAGGACCUACUGGCCAGUCACAGAGUGGAGGAGGCGCUCAUCCUCACAGAAGGAGCACAGAGAAAUAUUCCCAAAGACAAGUUUCAGAUUUUGCACAAAAGAAUCCUCCAGCAGGCAGGUUUCAUACAGUUUGGACAACUUCAGUUUCUAGAAGCAAAAGAACACUUCAGGAAGGGUCAGCUGGACGUGCGGGAGCUGAUAUCUCUCUACCCACUGCUGCUGCCAGCUUCCUCUUCAUUUACACGCUGCCACCCUCCUCUCCAUGAGUUUGCAGAUCUCAACCACCUGGCACAGGGUGACCAGGAAAAAGUGCUGCGGUGCAAGAAAUUUCUUAUCAGCUAUUUGGGAGAGGUACGAAGCACAGAGGUAGCUAAUGGCUGCAGAGAGGACGUGGACACGGCUCUGUUGAAACUUUAUGCUGAACAGGAUCAUGACAGCCUUCUAGACCUGUUGGCUUCAGACAAUGCCUGUCUGCUAACAGACAGCGUCCCAUGGCUGGAGAAAUAUCACAAAUAUUUUGCACUUGGGCUGCUCUACCAUUGUAAUGGUCAGGAUUCAGCAGCACUACAGUUGUGGAUUCGCGUGGUAGAUGGGGAUCUGCAGGACCCCACGAGAUCUGACCUUUAUGAGUACAUUGUGGACUUUCUCUGCUCCUGCUCCAAUCUGGACCUCGUGUGGAAGUAUGCAGACUGGGCUUUAAAGAAGGAUCCCACCAUAGGUGUCCACAUCUUUACUAAGAGGCCUGGCAGUAAAGAUCAGUCAGAACUGAAGCCUGAUGAUGUUAUCACUUACCUGGCAAAGCACAGCCAGGCGCUUCUUCUCUACCUGGAAUACCUGGUGCUGGAGAGACGGAUACAGAAGGAGAAGUUCCACACACACCUGGCUGUGUUGUACCUGGAGAGGGUCAAGUCAUUGCUGUCAGAGUCGUCAGCCAAUGAAGAGCAGCUGACCAGAGCAAGAGAGAGGCUCCAAGCUCUGCUCAGGGAGUCCAACCUAUACCGUGUACAGUUUCUUUUAGGUAAGAUAGAAAACUGUGAACAACUGCUGCUAGAGCGUGCAACACUACAUGGAAAACUGGAGGAGCACGAUAAAGCUCUGCACAUAUUGGUGCAUGAGCUCAGAGACUUCCCGUCCGCUGAGGCCUUUUGUAUAUGGGCCUCUUGUUGUCGGGAUUCUGCUUACCGACAGCAGCUGUUUCACCUUCUCUUGGGAGUGUAUCUAGACGGAACCCGUCCUGGAAAAUCCCAGACAGCGGCAGGCAGCAGCAGUGGAGACCUAGAGAUGGCGGCAGUGGACCUCCUGAAUCGGCACGGAGAGUCGUUUGAUGCGGUCCGCGUGCUGCGUAUGCUCCCCGAGGGCUGGUCACUGCAGCUGCUGCGGCCCUUCCUGGGUCGAGCCAUCAGGGCCAAUAUGCACGCCUGCCGCACCUCGCAGAUCGCUCUGGGGCUAGCCCACUCUGAAAACCUUCAACUGCUGCAUGACAGGUUGAAAGAGCGGAAGAAACCAAUCUUUGUGUCUGAGAAGAAGGGAUGCCACCUGUGCCACAACACCUUCAGUGAGCCUGACGUGGUGUGCCUGCCAGGUGGAGUGCCUGUCCAUACUCACUGUGUCGCCCAGAGAGUAAGAGACUCUCCCACAAAGAGACAGUUAACUAAUAGCAGCAACCAUACGUGAGACUUGACCCGUCAAACUACAAUGUGAUCUGUGACCGGAGGCACCGAAAUAAAGCAGGACUGUCUGAGGACUGUGGGGAUAAGAAAAAGCACAGAACACCCAUUGCCCAAGUAGAAUUGGCUGUGGAGUUGAUGAGAAACACAAAGAAAGCUGUGUGUGUUUGUGAAAGAAAGAGAGAGAAAGUGUGUGUUUGAGAGAGAGUGCAAAGGGAGAAAGCUAUUUAUUCCUGUGCUGCAAUUAAACCACACUUUCAGACUGUAAGUUUUUAUAGGUAUAUCAAAAACAACAGCUACGUGACCCUGCCCUUUAAUCCAUUUUAACAAAGAAUGAAUCGACGACAGACUCCUCUGCUUAUCUGUGGGUUCAGUACUGUAUCUGUCCUUGUAUUGUUUUAAACCUGAAUUUGACAAACUGCUUGGACUACAGGACACACAAUAUGUGAAUCCUGCUGCAAAUAUUUCGUAAGCAUGAACAGUAUUACCACUCCUACGGUUCUGGUCUAAUCAACUCAUAUGGGUAUUGUAUUAAUAUUGAUCUAACUUUGCACAUUGCAGUGUUGGGUUUUAAUGUGAAGUACUACAAAAGACUCACUCUUACUGAUGGAAAUUGAGUCUUUUACGUCUGUCUUUUACUCUCUGAGAUCUGGUCUCACUGCUGCUUUGUUUGUUUCCCUUCAGCCAUGAGAGCAAUGAAUGUUGUAUUCCAGGUGGUGACUUUCUGGCAGCAAUUUGAUCCAAGCCCAUUAGGUUUUGAAUGUCCUGCGAUCAAGGUUAGAGGCUAUAUCAGUGUGUCGUCGGUAUAAAACACUACAUGAAACCCUGCUAAACAUUAUUAAGUGUAACUGGGGAUUCAGAUCAAUACUCAAACUGCAUCAAGGAUGAAAUCAGAUUGACCCUCUGAAACAAUGAAAUCAUCUUUUACUGGUAAUAUGUCCGUAGACACAUUGUGAAACAUGACAGUAAAUGCUAUGGCACAGUAAUAAGUGACAGAUUUGUAAAGUAUCAUCAAAUCAUGUGAAAUCAAACUUCAUAUUUUUUGUCUGGUAUUUGAGUAGCAAAUAAAUUGAGAGGGAUCUUCAGUGCCCAUAAUCAUAAAUCCAUUUUAGGUAUUUGUUUGAGUAGCGUUUUAAGAUAAAGUUAAUUGGAAUUUGGCUCCUAUAAAAACUAAUUUCACUUAUUUCCAUCUCUGGUUAACUUUUUUUUUUUUUUUUUUUUUUUACACAUUUCACAAAGAAUAUUUAACCACUAGAUGGCAGUAAUGUUUAAAAAUGUCUGAAACAGCAUGAAAUGGAUCUGACUUACUGAUGCAACUCUUUGGAAGUUAUUCUUUGGAAUACCUUCAAUAUGCAAGUUGUUCAAAACAAAUCCUGCUCCUAACCUUCACUAUUUUAUUACAUUUUUUUUCUCUCUCCCACCAUUUCCACACUGCAACACAAUCACUAAUAUAACAUGGUUGAAACAGAUAGAGACAGAUCCACGCUGGUCAAAAUUUAAAUCUCAUCGCAUCCACUGUUGCAUCAGACAUACUGUACAGGUGUAGAGCUUUGGCAGGAAAUUAAGUGUUUGAUGAAGUUUUUUUUUUUUUUUAAUCAUACUCCAUGAUCACAUAAAAUUAUCUAAAAGUAAUAAAUGUCAAAGAAAACGGUCAUCUCAUAAUGCCUGGCAGGAUUAAUUAACUAGUCAUUGUACAGCAGUUUUGUUAAAAACUUUAAAAGGUUGUAGAUAUCUGAGAAAACAAAUCCUGUAUCAUCCACUGCUUUGAUAGGUAAAGAACAACUCAUGGCUUGAUGGAUCUAAGCUUUCAUAGCUGCUGCCUGCAGAGUGCUGGAGUUAUGGCUUUAACCUUUUCAUCAUGACAACCCUCUCAAAAACGUAAAGAAACGUAAAUUAGAGUAUUCUGUUCUAAUAAAGCCCAAUUCUUUACAGGCUUGUCAGCUCAGAACACCACUCUGUCCGUGACUGAUUUCCAAAGUUUGUGUAUGUGUCAGAUAACAAUCAAGUGCAGCUCGGACUUUAUAAAUGUUUCUCCCACACGGGCAUAACUAAUGGCAGGUUGCAUUAUGUGUUUGUGUAGCUUAAUUGUAUUAAAAAUCACAUGAGAAAGAAAUCAGGGACAUUCAACCUGCUGGAGGUGAUGCUGUGCGAAAAAGUGGUUUAUGUUUAACUAUGUCAGACUACUUCACUUGGAAAAAUUGUGCUCCCCAAGGUGGCAGAAGGUGCAUGAAUUCCAGGUUACCCCGUGGAGUUAGAGAAAACCAUGACAACAUCUAAAUGUGGUUAUGUAAAGCCGCCAUACACAGAAUGCACUCUUUAUAAAGUUCAAUUGUCGUGUACUUCCAUGUUUUUUUUUUAUAUAUUUAACACUUGUCAUUCGUCCUAGAAAUGUGCUGCUGUCUGUCUGUCAUUCAAGAUGAUUUACAGUUAUAAAAUUAAGUGAUUUUUGACGGUCUUAACUCCUCUAAUAUCAGAAGGCUUGCAUCCUGUAAAAGAUAUUCAUCCAAACUGGUUCUGACAGAGAAAAAUGGUCAGGAUUCCCAAAUCAAACUUUCAUGGACUUGAUUUUUUUUAACACAACAAAAACCAAAAGAUCAGAGAAGUGUGUCUCCUCAAUUGUUUAUUUGGAGCUAAUCCCCAAUUGUCCAAACUAAACACAUCACUGUUGUGGGUCUUGCUUGGUUCUCUGGUGCCUGUGCUGUUGAUGCUAGCCUUCUGUAAUCACAACCCAUUUCUGUAGGGAACUUUGCGCAAACGUGGGACUAUUUUUCUAACAUGGAGAUCAGAAUAUUGUAGAUACUGUAGGUUUGACUCACUUUCCAUGACAGAAAUUCACAGCUUAAUGCACAGCAUCUUUCUGAACUAUUUAAGUGUAGCUUGCUUAAAAAGCCCCCACACCCCCCUGACCAUCAUGACCUACGAUAAUUUAAAAAAAUACAGUACAGUUGUGUGAAAAAAAAAGCUAUUGUAUUUCAUAAAUAUAUGUAUACUGGUAUGUAUAUACUGCAUUUGUACCUGUUUGUUGCUUUCUAAAUCAAUGCCAAUGUGGAUGGAGUGUACAAACUGUAAAUCCGUCCAAUUUUAAUAAACAUGAAACUGUAUAUCAA